AUGUCUUUCAGAAACCCUCUAUUCUUCUCUCUUUGUAUCGGGCUUUGCUUGUGCCUGCCAUCUUUGAAUGGUAAUAGGUACCAUUCUGCGGAUGAGCUAGUAGACCUGAUUCAGUACAAGCCGCUAGCAAAGGGAAGAAGAGAUGCGCAACCGUUGCACCUCUCUGAUGGUGCAUUCGCAAGUUCUGCGUACGGAGGACGAGAUUGGCUUCGAAAGCGUAGCACAUUGGCAAGAACUUUACCAGAACAAGAUCAAAAGGCACUUAAAGCAGCUGAUUUGUUUCUUAGCACUGAUCAUAUCUCACUUGAGCAAGCAAUGAAGAAGUACAAUGUUUCGAACAAGAGUUCUUCCAGCUCACACGGUUCUACAGUUUAUAAUCCUAGCCCUUCUGGAUCUAGCGCAAGCUCUCGUACUCCAGACUCCAGCGCUCACGGUGAAUCUCUUAAAGUACGCCCUUUCUCUCAAGCUGUUCUGCAUCGAGGCACUUCAAAAAGGCCAGCAAAGUAUGAGACAAAGGAUCAAUUCAUUGCACGCCAUGCAGAAAGCUUGAUGAAACAAGGUCAUACCGAACGUAAUGCGAUUACAAUGGCAAAGACUAAAGUUGAUCAAAGAAAUCACAAGAAAGCAAAUAAUCUCGCUACUUGGCGUCAUCUAGCAGAUACAGAUCCUUCUCUUGCCCGUCAAAUGUCAAGCAGAGUACCUACAAGGUUAGGUGCUGCGGAUUAUAUUCCACUUAGAGCGCAUCAAUUACAUCAUUGGGGAAAAGCAAAAGGUAUGGAAGAGGCAACAAAGAUGGCGAAAGCAGAAUCUCAAAAAGAAGUCGAGCGCAAAGCUCAAUCACAUUUGAAAUUGAAAGCUUUACGCAACCAAAAGGCAAAACAUUAA